AGCUGCUGGGCUCCCGGCAAACUCCCUUUUCUCUCCUUCCUGGCUGAUGGAUCCCAAGGGGCUCCUCUCCUUGAACCUCCUGCUAUUGCUCUCCCUGGCUUUUGAGCUGAGCUGCGGAACAGGUGGACACUCAAUAGACUGCCGCAAGAUUAUCCAGAGGUUGGGAAGCAACAUAGUGCUGCCCCUGACGUAUGAAGGGAUAAAUAAGAGCAUGAGCAAGAGUAUCCGCAUUGUUGUCACAAUGGAAACAUCACCUGGAAGUACCUUCAAGAAGAAAAUAGUGUCUCUUGAUCCAUCUGAAGGGGGCUCUCCACCCAAUCUAGAACAUCGCUAUAAAUUUCACCUGGAAAACCUGAGCCUGGAGAUCCUAGAAAGCAGGAAGGAGGAUGAAGGCUGGUACUUUAUGACUGUGGAGCAAAACUUUUCAGUCCAGCAGUUUUGCCUGGAGCUGAGGCUUUAUGAGGAGGUCUCCACUCCAGAAAUUAAGGUGUUGAACUGGACUCAGCAGUCUGGGAACUGCAGCUUGAUGCUGGCCUGUACGGUGGAGAAAGGGGACCAUGUGGUUUACAGCUGGAACAAGGAGAUGGACGCCCACCCACUGAGCCUGGCCAAUGACUCCCACCUCCUGUACCUCACCCUUGGCCCUCAACAUGUCAACAAUGCAUACAUCUGCACCGUGAGUAACCCCAUCAGCACCCGCUCCCAGAUCUUCAUCCCGGGACCUAGUUGCAGGCCUAAUCCUUCAGAAUCAAAACCAUGGGAACUGUAUGUUUGGCUGUCCUUAGGGGCCAUAGCUGGUAUCAUGAUUCUCAAUGUGAUAAUACAACUGUUGAGAAGAAGAGCUAAAGCAGACCAUGUCCAGCCAACGAUGGAAGCAAAAAGCCUUACUAUUUACGCCCAAGUCCAGAACUCAGAUGUAAGUCCUAUAGCUUUCUUUGUCUGGGAUGGACCUGUCAUGUUCCCCAUAGGAUUCCUGGUCAGUUCUCCUCAAACAUCUGACAUCCAUGGUUCUACAUGAGUUCUGGAGCAGAGGAAAAUAGGGAAGCAGAAAUAAAUAACAAGAAUUCUCCAAAAGGUCACUGAACUUCGGUGUCAGAUGGGACUACUUAUUAUUGGACAUAAUGGAAAACACUAGGUGUCUUAGUUAUCUAGUGCUGCUAUAACAGAAAUACUACAAGUGGAUGGCUUUAACAAAGAGAAUUUUAUUUUCUCACAGUUUAGGAG